AUGCGUUUAAAUUUCUUUCGCUCAAAGUCUGACCUAUCAGUUAACCAGGUAGUAGUAGAACCAACCAAUGGAUGCCCAACAGACGCCGUCCCUACAGCCUCUAGGCAGCGACGGCAAAGAUCCUCAACAGAACCUUGCCAUACCAGAAGAUCCAGAUCAAAUACACUUGAUAAUCUGAUGGAUAUAUUCCAAGAAACAUCGCCCUCUACAAGCACACCCCAGAAUAUCGACUACAGUCUCGACCAUAGUCUCAACCAGAGUUUCAAUAGUCCAUCUGAAUAUUACAACCACCAGCAAUCACAACAGCAAUCACAACAGCAAUCACAACAGGAGCAGCUUAUAGAAAAUCAUAUUUCUUUUCCUUCUGAGGCAUCAAGAGCAAACAGUGCCCAGAUAUAUCCUAAAUCAACAUUAAACACUCGCUUUUUGUCAAAGUCAAAAAGAUCCGUAGCCUCUUGGAUCUCAAAAACACACAACGACAAUAGUACUACGUGGCCAAACUACCAACAGAAACCACAGUCUAGAUACCAAAACAGCACCCCUGACAACAUCGUCGUCCAGUCUGACUCCUCUCAUACAACUUUACAGAUAGGAUCCUGUGAGCCACCGACAGCUUUGUUCGGCUGUUAUUCGCCAGACGGGAAGACUAGGCACCAUCAACAGCACCAAGCACAGCACAAAGCACAACAGCAGAACGAGUCAAACAUUCGUUGUUUAUCCGUCGCACACGACUCCUUUGUUCCCUCAGCCUUGUUGACCUCCCAGAAGGAACGUCCUAAACUAACUCCGGCUCAGAAACAACGCAGAAAGACAACAGUGUUCGAGACAACUCUCUUGGUUGCCCCUGACUUUAUUGAAGAAGAACCCGACAAUAUGGACGAUAACAUUGACGGCGGUAACAGUAACAACAAUGAAGAUGAUGAUGACGAAUGGACCUGCUGUGAGCCAUCCACGACCGCAAACUCUGCAAAGAUAAGCGACAUGCUCGAACUAAUGGAGCGCGAGACCCAGAGACUUCGACAGUGUGUCAACAAAGAGCGAGACCAGUAUUUCAUGUGUCUCCAAGACAAGCAGGACACCCUUGACUGUCUGAGGAUGGCCGAGCAAGAAAUCAAAUGUCUGAAACGCAAGAUAUCGAUUGGGAAAUUCAUUGGAUUCACAGGCACCUUUGGCCGACACCAACAAUUACUGACAAACAAAGACCAGAAUAACUAUGAUUAUGAGUAUGAAUAUGAGCAUCAUCCUAUUCUACAGCAGAAGAAACUGUAUAAAAGAAGACACUCUGUUGCUCAUUUGUCGUAUGAUUCGCCUGUACAUCACCAUACACAAUUCGACAAUGAGGAGUAUAUCUAUCCUACAGAUCCUCUUCCGAACCUUCAUACCAACCCCAUGCCCAUAGAACGAAAGAUCCACAUCUUGCUUGAAGAGAUCGAUGCCAUGCAGACUGAUGAAGUCAAUAUGGAAAAAAAGUAUCAGCGCCUAACUAAUAAGAAACAUCAAUUGGAAUACCAAGUAAAGCAACAAGACGACACUAUUAAUCAACUAAGACAUGAACUGGAAAUAGCCAGAUUAAACUUCUCCUAA